UAUUGACCUAUUGUGUAUAUAAAAAUCAUCUCCAUUUUACACUAUCAAUCAAAACCGAAACCCAGAUUUCUCUGGCCAAAGAAAAACAAACCCAACAUUUCAUUUUCCCAUUCUCUGGUUACUCCUCUCUAUGUUUUCCAACUACACAAACAACAAGAAAAUAUGCAUCAGGAGAACGGCCAUGGAAAAUCCUUCAGAACUCCCGUUGUCGCCGCCUUCUUCAUCGGCGUGGUCGUAGCCGCCGCCGCCGCAGCUUACAACCGGAGGAAGAGUAAAGCUGUUAAGGAAGAUCAUCAAAGUAUUAUUGUUCCACUGUUAGUUAGGACCGAGUCCGGCCGUGUUGGAAACCUGGAAAGAUUCUCCCACUACGUUGCUAGGCAACUAGGGAUUAAAGAUGCGAACGAGUGUCCGAAGUUGUGCAAAUUGGCUCAUAAUUAUCUUAAAAACCCUAAAGAGUGUGAGAUAAAGAUGUUCGAAUAUUUUGGUAAUGAGGCAGAAGCUGAGAAUUUGUACGUAAAGCUGAUGGAAGAGUUUGAAAGAUACAUCCUUUGUUAUUUUGCUUUUCACUGGAGGCGAGCUUCUGAUAUUGUAACCCAGGUUUUGAAAGUUGAAUCUGACAAGGAAACAAAGCUAAAGAACUUUGUAAUGGCUGCUACAAGAAAUAAGAGAUUUGAGAGGGUGACUAAGGAUUUAAAAGUGACACGGGUGUUUUCGACGCUGGUGGAGGAGAUGAAAGCCAUUGGACGUGUGGAAGACGAUUCAACAUACACCGAAGUAAUGGUCCCAAUGGCCCACAGUCAGCGCAGCCCCGUCCUCCUGUUUAUGGGCGGUGGUAUGGGUGCUGGCAAAAGCACCGUUCUCAAAGAUAUACUCAAAGAAUCAUUUUGGGGAGGAGCGGCCGCAAAUGCGGUGGUGGUAGAGGCGGAUGCUUUCAAAGAAACUGAUGUUAUUUUUAGAGCUCUCGCCUCUAGGGGUCACCACCAUGAUAUGCUUCAAACAGCUGAACUAGUUCAUCAAUCCUCGACUGACGCUGCAUCAUCAUUGCUAGUGACAGCAUUGAAUGAAGGCCGGGAUGUGGUAAUGGAUGGAACAUUAUCAUGGGAGCCAUUUGUGGAGCAGACGAUUGCCAUGGCUCGAAAUGUUCACAAACACCAAUACCGGAUGGGGGUUGGCUACAAAGUGGAUGAAGAUGGCACCAUUAUUGAGAACUAUUGGGAACAGGUCCAAGAACAACAAAAUGCUGACGAGACACAUAGGAAACCAUACAGAAUAGAACUCGUUGGGGUGGUUUGUGACGCUUAUCUAGCUGUUGUUAGGGGAAUAAGGAGAGCUAUAAUGGUGAAAAGAGCAGUGAGGGUAAAAUCGCAGUUAAAAUCGCAUAAAAUGUUUGCAAGUGCAUUUCCAAUAUAUUGCCAACUUGUCGAUAAUGCCAGACUCUAUUGCACCAACGCUCUGGGAGGUCCCCCAAAGUUGAUAGCGUGGAAAGAUGGAGAAAACAAGUUAUUGAUAGACCCAGAUGAAAUUAAAUGUUUGACAAAUGUGAGCAAAUUGAACCCAGCAGCUGAGUCUAUAUAUGAGCUUUACGAGGAACCAACUUCACUGGACGAGCCUACUUCGAUUUGGAAAGACAUAGUUUUAAACCCUUCAAGACCAGGCAUACUUUUGGAGCUCAAAGCUUCCAUUCAAAGAAUCGAAAAUUCAGGCAACAAUGAAACACAAUAACAAUUAUAACGUAGCCUUUAUGGUUAACUAAAUUGAUUA